AUGCCGAAUCACCGAUUUGGCAUCCUUGAAUUUGCACCGGGGCGUCAAUUUAUCCAGGUGCACGGGUCGAAGGACAAGGACUUUGAGGCAGGCCAGGAACGGUUGCAGGCAAUCUUCCAGCUGCUCCGAGGGGUUUAUCCUGACGCUCCGCUUUUUCAUGGGAUCGUCUCACGUGGAACCGAGACCUUCCCCAUGGUGCGCUGUUACCGCGAAGCUGGCCCCGGGGACGAGCCUGAGAACAUUGUAACCGGAAUGUAUGCCUUCAAGUUCAAGCCCCUAGGCUACACCAAGAAAACACCUUUACUGCACCUGUUGGUGCCUUGUGAGCAUGGUAAGUACGAACAAUGGAAGAAGAAAAGUGUGCCCGUGUCCAGGGUCCGGCUGCAGCCGAGUAAUAUUCCUGAUUCUCACAUCACCCUGGGCUCUGCUGCGGACGCAAAUUGUGUGGUGAUGUAA